AUGGCCUACAAAGUUCUUCGCCGGGAAUGGAGGUCGAAGAGCGCCAUGUACAUAAUGAUGUUCGCCGAGCUGGGCGCAACAGUAGCGAUGUUGGUUCUAUUCGGCAUCGCCCAACCCAACCUGUACCGAACCAAGUUAUGGCAAGCCGGCUAUGAGCUCGGUUUCAACUCGAGUCCCGCCGUGAUACUCUACGCAUAUGCGAACCACGUGUCGCAGCCGAAUCUCCCAUUUGUGUGGUCGCAAACAUUAACCAACUUCAACGUCGCCAUCUCCGUCAUCAGCCUCUUCUUCCUCCUCACCAAGCUGAUCGCCUUCAUUCUGCACGUGUGGUAUCCCGUCGUCGCGCUGCUCUUCAACGUCUCGCUCGUGGCAUUCUACGCCGCAAGCCUCGGUGGUCAGGCCGGUCCGGAUUACCUGGAUCCCACCAAGCCGAGCCCGGUGGCCUGGUACAUCGCCAAGCCCUGCACCGUCGCCGCCAACAAGGCCGUGCAGGGCAACUGCACCCUGGCAAAGGGCACUUUCGCCGCGACGUCCGUCAUGUUUGCGGUCACUUUGGUCAAUCUAGGCCUCAACAUCUGGGCUAUGCUGCCCAAUGAGGCCGACAAGAAGGAUGUGGACUCUGAUGAUGACAGCUACUCCUCGCCGUCUGCCAUGAAGAGGGGUGCGGAAUGGGAGAUGCAGGGGAUUCCGCCGACGCCGCGGACGGCCACGAUGCCCUACACGCCGCGGACAAUGGCUUUCAACACACUGGAGCGCAAAAUGCCCUUGCGUCGAGAAUAUGGUUGA